UACCCAGAAUGCUCGGAGAGACAAAGGGAGGGUGAGGAUGAAGAGCAAAGGAGGAGCAGAGAGGCAUUUCUGAAGAUCACACUGCACUUCUUGAGGAGAAUGAAGAAGGAUGAGCUGGCUGACCGUCUGCAGAGCAGAAGUUUUGCUGGAGUUUGUAAACGUAAACUCAAAUCUAACCUAAACAAGAAGUUCCAGUGCGUGUUUGAGGGGAUUGCUAAAGCAGGAAACCCAACCCUUCUGAAUCAGAUGUUCACACAGAUCUACAUCAUGGAGGGAGGGACUGCAGAGGUCAAUGAUGAACAUGAGGUCAGGCAGAUUGAAACAGCAUCCAGGAAACCAGACAGACCAGAAACAAUAAUCAGAUGUGAAGACAUCUUUAAAGCCCCACCUGGAAGAGAUGAACCAAUCAGAACAGUGAUGACAAAGGGAGUGGCUGGCAUUGGUAAAACAGUCCUAACACAGAAGUUCACUCUGGACUGGGCAGAAGACAAAGCCAACCAGGACAUCCAGUUCAUAUUUCCAUUCACUUUCAGAGAGCUGAAUGUGCUGAAAGAGAAAAGGUACAGCUUGGUGGAACUUGUUCAUCGCUUCUUCAGUGAAAUCACAGAAGCAGGAAUCUGCAGGUUUGAAGAGUUCCAGGUUGUGUUCAUCUUUGACGGUCUGGAUGAGUGUCGACUUCCUCUGGACUUCCGCAACACUGAGAUCCUGACUGAUGUUACAGAGUCCGCAUCAGUGGGCGUGCUGCUGACAAACCUUAUCAGGGGGAAUCUGCUUCCCUCUGCUUUCCUCUGGAUAACCACACGGCCUGCAGCAGCCAAUCAGAUCCCUGCUGAUUGUGUUGACAUGGUGACAGAGGUCAGAGGGUUCACUGACCAACAGAAGGAGGAGUACUUCAGUAAGAGAUACACAGAUGGGGAGCAGGCAAGCAGAAUCAUCUCCCACAUCAAGACAUCACGAAGCCUCCACAUCAUGUGCCACAUCCCAGUCUUCUGCUGGAUAACUGCUACAGUUCUGGAGGACGUGUUGAGGACCAGAGGGGGAGGAGAGCUGCCAAAGACCCUGACUGAGAUGUACAUCCACUUCCUGGUGGUUCAGUCCAAACGGAAGAACAUCAAAUAUGGUGGAGGAGCUGGGACCGAUUCAAACUGGAAUAAAGAGAUGAAGAAGAUGAUUGAGUCUCUGGGAAAAUUGGCUUUUGAGCAGCUGCAGAAGGGCAACCUGAUCUUCUAUGAAUCAGACCUGACGGAUUGUGGCAUCGAUAUCACAGCAGCCUCAGUGUACUCAGGAGUGUUCACACAGAUCUUUAAAGAGGAGAGAGGACUGUACCAGGACAAGGUGUUCUGCUUCGUCCAUCUGAGUGUUCAGGAGUUUCUGGCUGCUCUUCAUGUUCAUCUGACGUUCAUCAACUCUGGAGUCAACCUGCUGUCAGAAGAACAAACAACAUCGUGGUGGUCUGAAGUGUUCAGAGACGAAUCAACACGUUUCUAUCAGAGUGCUGUGGACAAGGCCUUACAGAGUCCAAAUGGACACCUGGACUUGUUCCUCCGCUUCCUCCUGGGUCUUUCACUGCAGUCCAAUCAGAAUCUCCUACGAGGCCUGAUGACACAGACAGGAAGUAGCUCAGAGACCAAUCAGAAAACAGUUGAGUACAUCAAGAAGAAGUUCAGUGAGAAUCUGUCUGCAGAGAGAAGCAUCAAUAUGUUCCACUGUCUGAAUGAACUGAAUGAUGGGUCUCUAGUGGAGGAGAUACAAUGGUUUUUGAGCUUAGGAAGUCUCUCCACAGAUAAUAUGUCUAUUGCUCAGUGGUCAGCUCUGGUCUUCAUCUUACUGUCAUCAGAAGAAGAUCUGAAUGUGUUUGACCUGAAGAAAUACUCUGCUUCAGAGGAGGCUCUUCUGAGGCUGCUGCCAGUGGUCAAAGCCUCCAACAAAGCUCUGUAA